CACAAUGGCGUAUGACUUAAAAAAGGAGUCUGACGUUAAGGAAUAUGUGGAAAAGCUGGGCGUUGAAUAUCGCUUUGGCUGCUAUUCUGAAAAGAAACCGGAAGUGUGCCAUUUGCUGGGCGACUAUUUGGAGGGAAUUAAGAAGGACUUCGAGAAGGCAUCCAAAGUAUACAAAUCAACAUGUGACGACUAUGGAUAUGCCAAGUCCUGUUAUAAAUAUGGCAACUAUAGCUUCCUGGGCAAGGGUAAGAGCGGCAGCAAAGGCGAGCCUCGCGUCGCCUAUCAGUACUAUGAGAAGGGCUGCAAUCUGAACGAUUCGGAUGCUUGUCUGCAUUCCGGUCUGCUGCUCGUCUCACGCUCCAUGCCCAAAGAGAUUGACCGAAAUGUGCCUAAAGGUUUGCAGUUUCUCACCAAGAGCUGUGACAUGAACAAUGCCACUGCCUGCUUCUAUUUAUCUGGGAUGCAUAUUUCGGGCGUGCAGAAGAAGCCGGAGGAUGCGUCCACCGCGGCACAGACCAAAACGCUUAAGGACACCGAUUACAUUGUGCUCAAGGACAUGAAGAAGGCCUUUCAGUUCGCCUACAAGGCGUGCGAAUUGCGUAACAUGUAUGCGUGCGCCAAUCUUAGCCAGAUGUACAAACGCGGCGAUGGCAUCGAGAAGAACGAGAAGGAGGCGGAGAAAUAUAAGAAGCUGGCGCUCGAAAUGCAGGAGGAGAUGAAGAAGCAACAGGAGACGCUCACUUUUCAACAGGGCGUCGGCAUGCCAAACUGAUUUAUCCUAUCAAUAUCUACCUAUAUGUACAUGCGCAUGUAUACAUAUAUAUAUAUAUUGUUAUGUACAUGUAUAUAUAUCUGUGUGCAUGUAUAGUCAAGUUUCAUAUCCUUUUGUUUCUAUUAUCUCUACUUUUUGCCUAUUUUGUUCCGUUGAGAUUUCGUAAAGAUUUGCUAUAACUAAUUUAAGUGGGUUAUAUAUAUAUAUAUACUAUAUACAUAUAUGUAUAUAUGUAUUUUUUGUUUUUUCGUGUAUAUAGACAGCGGCAUUUGCGUUUUCGGCAUGUGUUUUGAAAAAUUCCUAGUUUUAAUUGUUAAAGUUUAAACGAUAAACCAGAGAAAACGAAGAAAAAAAAAAAAAAAGAAAAACAACAACCUUAUAUAGUCCCGUUGAUACCUUAAUUAAAUACAAAGAAACAAACCAAAAUCAAGCACAAACACAAAUGACUUUCAUAUAUACAUAUAUAUAAAGCAAAUAAAAAUCUGCAAUGAUAAUGCUAAUCAGAGCUGUGAAAUAUAAUCAAAGCGUUUCAAUAUGACUAGCUUAAAUAAUGCAGUCGAUUCCACAAUCUUUAGAUUGAUUUAGCAAUGUUCUAGCAUUAAUUCGGUAUAGUCUAAUUGGAAGUGCAAUUGGAAAGAGAGUACCAAUUAGAACAGAGGUAUUCACUCCAAUAAGUCAUAAGCGUAAACUCUCGAAUUGUGCAACAACGAGAAUGCCAAUGGGAUUACUGCAAUAUGAGGCAUGUAAUUUAAUAAUUAAUAAUUAAUUUAUAUAUAUAAAUAUAUUGUAUAUUGUAUAGUGUAUAUAUCAUCCGAAUAAUAUGACAUAUAUUUCUAUAAAGACUAUAAGUUAAAGCCAAUUAGAGAACAUCUUGAGAGCUUUCGUGCCAGCUGUGCGUGUUCUAUUUAAUAAGUAUUUAGUUGCAUACCUAAAUAUAUAAGGUAUGGGCUCUAUUGUCUAUAGUAUGAUUAAAACAUUUGAUCACGA